AUGAACUCACCCUCAGAGAACAAACCUUCCUCUUCUUCUUCUUCUUAUUCUCCGAAUUUGGUGUUGAAGCUAUUCGGUUUCCCUAUGACGGCUACGAGCAGUGACGAGGAUCAUGGUAAGAAAAUCGAGUGUCCAUUUUGUGAUCGCAAAUUUCAGAAUAUGCAAGCGUUGGGGGGACACCAAAAUGCACACAGGAGAGAAAGACAAAUGGCAAGGUUGGCUCAAUUUGAGUAUAUGCGUCUACAUCAAAGAAACCAAAUAUUCCAAUCGGCUACACCUUUUGUGGUUGCUCAUGGAGCAUCAGCAAGCUCUGUUUUUGGCGUUGCAACUCGGAUCUGGACAGCACAGCCACCACCUGAGUCAUCACUAAGGCUACCUUUGGUGGAGCCACCAGCUGGUACGCGCCACCACCGUAACGUUCCCCCAGUUGUACAAGUACCAGUAGUAGGGGUUGAUGAUAAUAUCGAUCUAGAACUGAGACUAGGUAUUUAUUCUAAUAAGGAAUCUGGGAUGUGA